AUGCUUCCUAGUGGAGCGUAUUUUGAACCACUGCGAUGUGAAUGGCGUCCGGACGAGUUACCUCGUCCGCUGGCGUGCUAUCCGCCGGCGUGGGACAGCUGGAAGCCUCGUGCCCAGCUGAUUGUUAAUGUCCUGGGUCUCGUCGAGCAGUACGACGAGACUCACCCGCUGCGUUAG